AGAAACCCCGCAAAACACAAUCUCUACAGUGGUGACCCCGAGGAAAAUUAUUACAAAAAAUAAAAAUGUCUGAGACUGAUCAAGACAGGAUAGAAAAUCUCCAGAAGCAGCUCGCAGAUAUGCAAGCGGAAAUGGAACGGUUGAGAACAGCAAACCUGGCCGUACUAAAUCAACAACAGGUAGUUGAUCCACUAGCUAACAUCGGGCAAUUACCAGGUAACGCACAAGUUGACAUCGCAACUAUUGCUACGUACAAGCUACCUCUCUUCUGGAAAAGCAAGCCCCAGCUAUGGUUCACGCAGAUUGAAUCAAUAUUUCGUAAGCGAAACGUUCGCACGGAGAGAACAAAAUACGACGCGGUUAUGGAAAUUCUCGAUCAACAAGCAGUCGACGAGAUUUCCGAUAUCAUCGAACAACCAGUAGAUGAGCAGUCAUACACACGGUUGAAAGAGACACUAAUAAAACGUUUCUCUGAAUCAUCAGAACGCCAACUGCACCGACUCCUGUCCGAGAUCGAGCUCGGUGACAAGAAACCAUCUCAGCUACUGCGUAAAAUGCGAAACUUAGGUAAGAAUGAAGCAACCGACAGUCUACUAAGAACAAAAUGGAUGAGUCUACUACCACAGAACGUCACAAACAUUCUACUAGUGGCACACGACGUAGACCUGAACAAGCUAGCGGAGAUGGCCGACAAGCUGAUGGAAUUUGCGGGCGGUUGUGUCACAGCCGUAAACACUACAAACUCUCAAGGAGAUUGCGCAAUUAAAAACUCGGCAGACAAACAACAUGAUGAGAGACUAGACAAAAUUGAAAAAAUGAUUAGUGAUAUACAGAUCAGCAUCAAAGAACUACUUCGGGGAUGCUGCGUACAAAUGUCACGGACCAUGGUGUCCAAAAAACCCGAACCACCAACCGGGAAACUUGUAACACUGUCGUCUACGGUGGCCGGGGGCGACAGUGCAAUAAACCGUGAAUUACGCCUCCACGUAUACGAUAAAACAACGGAUCAAAAGUUCUUGAUAGACUCUGGAUCUGUCGUAUCUGUCAUACCACGUACGACUAUCAAGAACAAAGCUAGUCAAACAUCGCAAAAACUGUAUGCCGCAAAUUCAACUGUUAUAAACACUUACGGACAACGUCAUAUCACAUUAAACUUAGGAGUUCGACGAGAUAUUGACUGGAAUUUCAUCAUAGCUGAUGUUAAAUCUCCAAUCACUGGAGCUGAUCUGAUCGCUCAUCAUGGAUUAUUAUUCGAUCUCAAGAGAAGAAGACUGAUAGACCCAAAGACAUCUCUCGAAGUACUGGGUGAACUCAAACAAGCAUCCGAAUACGGAAUCUCUACACUCAGUGAUAGUCAAUUACCUCAAAAUGAAUAUUCACAGAAAUACAAAGACCUCCUAGAGGAAUUUAUCGACAUAAGGAAACCAAGAACGAGAUCAAGGAAGGAUAUUGACCCAAAGUUUGCGCACUAUAUUCACACAACAGGUCAACCUGUAAGAGAACGUCCUCGGAAACUAGCUGGGGAAAAACUGGAAGCAGCACAAAAGGAAAUCAACAAAAUGCUGAAAGAAGGAGUCAUCCGUCCGUCAAAGAGUCCAUGGGCGAGUCCAAUUUUACUUCGUCCAAAAAAAUCAGAUAAUUACUCACCACCAUCAAUACAGAACUUAAUCCAACUGCCGCCUGAGACAACGGUGCUAUCAGUGUAUGACAUGGAGAAAGCAUACAGCUUGACCCCGGUGGCAGAGGAACACGUCGAAAGAACGGCAAUAACGACACCAUUUGGCUUAUUUGAACAUCUCUAUUCGCCAUAA